CCCGUUGAAAUCUGCAGCCAGUUAAGGCUGUCAGCCACACGGGGAGGGAAGGGUUAACCCGGGCGCUCGCAGCGGUCUCUCCUUUCUGUCCACACUGCAUUUAGCGGAAAACAUCUGACUGCUGCUCGUUUUUCCGAAGCCCCGCUUUGAUUUUGGACUCGUCCUCGUCGCUGCGGACGGAGGCAUCGCGGGAACAAAAGUCACCGUUUUCUCUGCGGCAGGACUCCGCUUUCUGCGCGCUUUCACACAGACAAACCAGAGAAGCAUGUGUGGGUGUUGAAAGGAGUCAUAUGCUCGGUUGACCUCGCUGACCCCCCCCGAACACGGAGCCGUCGUCCGCUUUACCUCUGAUCGUCCGCUAGUCCAGAGAGAGGCUCACUCCACGCCAUGUCCGCGGAGGUGGAAAUCAGCUCUGCCGACCCCAGCGCGGCCUCCCCACCCGCAGCCUCGACCUCCGGCACCCCUCCCAACUCCCCGACCACACCGUCCAAAACCCCUUUCAAGAAGGAGAAGAAGAAAGUAACAGAGAAGACAGAUGAAUACCUGCUGGGCAGGUUUCAGGGGGACGGCGUAAGGUACAAGGCCAAACUGAUUGGCAUCGAUGAUGUCCCCGAGGCCCGAGGAGACAAAAUGUGCCAGGACUCCAUGAUGAAGCUUAAGGGUAUGGCGGUAGCUGCUCGGUCCCAAGGGAAGCACAAGCAGAGGAUCUGGAUCAACAUUUCCAUGUCGGGCAUCAAGAUCAUCGACGAGAAAUCGGGAGUGAUCGAGCACGAGCACGCGGUGAACAAGAUCUCCUUCAUCGCCAGAGACGUGACGGAUAACCGGGCGUUUGGGUAUGUGUGCGGGGCAGAGGGACAGCAUCAGUUUUUCGCCAUAAAGACCGCACAACAGGCAGAGCCGCUGGUCGUUGAUCUGAAGGACCUCUUCCAGGUCAUCUUCAACAUGAGGAAGAAGGAAGCGGAGGCCUCACAGAAGGGUGAAAAUGGCAGCACGGUAGUUGAGAAUGGAAACGAUGCCUCGCUAAGUACGAACAGUGGAGGAAAAUCUGCCCAAGCUGUGGAGCAGCUUGACCUUUUUGGAGACAUGUCGACCCCUCCAGACAUCCGGGCUCCGAAUGGCUCUAAUGAUAUUCUCUUGCUGGACUUUUCCUCUGAAGUUGACAGCAAUCAGAAUUGCAUAAAGGGAAACUCCUUUGUCGCUUCCUGUGCUGCUGACUAUAAGACAGAGAAUCCCUUUUCCUCAACUUUUGGCUACUUCCCAGCCCCAGACAGUGACCCUUUCAGAGACGACCCCCUUUCCAAAUCGCCCGCUCGGUUGCCCCACGAUAAUGCGCAGAUCCCCCUCGCGUCCGCCGACCACCUAAACAGCACUGCUGGCACCACUAGUAAGACAAUUAUUAACGGUGGCUUGAACGGAGACUCUGAACAUCUCAGUCAGCAGAUAAAUGGGUUAUCCAGUAAGACCAUGAUCCUCGCGCUCAGUAACGGACAGUGGCCACUAGGGGGCAAAAUACCUCAAACCAGCACAAUUACUAUGAUGGACGGGAAUGAAUCUGGACUAGCGCUCUCGACGAAAAACCCAUUUUUUGACUCGACAACUUCCCCCGUCUCUAACGGCGUAACUCAUCGCAAGCCGGCGCCGCCAGCGAAUCAUAGCAAGGACUCGGUUGUCAUAAACCCGCCUCCGCAGAGCUCUAAGUCCGGACGAGGCCGAAGGAGCGCAAAGUCCACAUCCAAUGAUCUGUUUGGAGCAGAGCUGUUUGCUGCUGUUCCUCAACCUGAGGCAUCAUCUGCUUCAGAUGACUUUUUCAACAGUGCACCUGCAAACCCUGCUGCCUCCUCCAUACCUGCUCUGGGGAACCUUCAAUUAGGUCCACCGGCUGGUGUCCCUGCCGUAAGCAUGUGGGCCGCGACCACUGCCGCACCCUCCAUGUUCCCCAUGCCAGGAGUGCAAGCAGGCCCAGGGAUGCCUGGGGUAACGGUUCCAGGCCCUAGACCUGCCUUCCCACAGCCGUCUGCCUUUGGUGGGCUACCCAUACCACCCACAGCUUGGGGCCACCAGAUGCCACCGCAGUUCAGCGUCCCGCCUCUCUCCCCGCCCCACCUCGCUUGGGGCCAGCAGGCCGCCGGCAACAACCCUUUCCAGCCCGGCGCGUUCCCGGGCAUGGGCGACCAGCAAGGCCCGUCGCGCCCUCCGCCGAGGCCGCCCGGUAAGGACGCCCAACCGAGAGUAGAGAACAGUGCCUUCACAUCCUUGGACCCCCUCGGAGAUAAAGAGAAGAAGACCGGGAAGGACAUGUUCAAGGAUUUCCAGAUCGCCAAACCCCCCGCCAUCCCGGCGAGGAAAGGGGAGCUCGCCGCUAGCUCGGCCGCAGCGCCCGGCAGCAAACAGGAGGGGGCGUUCGAUCAGUACUUUUCGAGUAAAGUUGGCGUGCCUCAGGAUGUUGCCGACCACGACGACUUCGUUAUCAGUCAAAUCUCACCAGUGGUGAAUGCUCCUACUCCAGCUGCAGCCCCAGCUCCAAGCUUUAACUCCGGCCUCUUUGACGACGCCUUCUCAUCUCCUCCCGUCUCGAACAAUUCGGCGGCGUCCCAGGGACAGGACCACAGUCAGGACAUGUUUGAUCAAGCGUUUGGGGCCCCGGAUUCCAGUCCAUUUGGCGCGCCACCCGUAGCUAUGAAUGCCUCUGUUGGUCAGAGCUCUGGUUCAACAGCUGCUUUUGAUGACCCUUUUGGAAAUCCCUUUGCUUGACCACAGCUUUGUCCAUAAUUGAAAUGGAACCACUGGAGCAAAACUGAGAUCUUCACAUCCAGUAACACCUUUGGAAGAAAAAGCGGCUCUGUGCAAGACAAUCCAAAAGAUGAACUUUUCUAACUCUUGACCCUCGCCUACCCACUUCUUAUAUACCUCCAUCUACGACGGUGUUUUCUUCUUCUUCUUCUUCUUCUUCUUCUUCUUCCCAAUCAGUAGUUCCCUUAUUUCUGAAGACCACUGAUCCAAGAAGUAAAUGUGUAUUUGUCGUGAUCUGCUGAAGAAAGAAAUGCGCUGUGUGUGUGUGAGAGAAGGCAUGUCCAAAGAGGUCCACUGCUGAUGCUGUCUCUGUCUGUUAAAGAAAUAAAAGAAAUCAAUCAUAA